AUGAUAGUAUGUCUUGGCAAAACCACGCCCGCCAAGGUCUUGGCUCUUGAUACAUUCCUAAUUCCGAGAUUUGUUGGUUACUUGGCCGAGUACAGGCAGCCGGCCCCCUGCCAGGCCACACCCAACGGCCAAGGCAUCCACUGUAAAUGCAACCUCCAGGCCAAAUUUACAAUUUACACACACAUUUACAGGCGCUACCCCGUCAUUCCUGGCCUGCCUUCUCUGCCCAGUCAAAGGUCGUCUGGGCCUCUCGUGGCAUACCCGUUGCAACCUCCCCACCACUGCCGCCGCACCAGUGCCACCACUGACCAUGACCAGCGACGCGGACGCAUCUUGUUGACGACGCUCACCGUCCCCAAUUUUGCUCUUUUAAUCAUUGUUUCCUUGCUGCUUCAACUCGUCCUCGACAGGCACUCUGAACCCCUACCUGCUUUCCUAUCACCUAUUCCUACCAAGUUCCUGCAUACCGAAACCACCUGUGCCACUUGCCAAGUCUUCCUACUACACAAAGCGUGGCCCGUUCACCCACCCCUCCCUCCUCCGCUUCUUGUUUCCAGCUUGACCAUAUCAUCAUCCAAACGCAACCAUAUUUCUGGCAUUGAUUUUCCUUCUUCCAUCAUCUCGGCCCUCGAUCCUCACCUCUCCCAUCUCAACACUCCACACAUGUCUUCACAAACUUCCCCGGAACCUUCGCCGCCCCUCCUCAAGGAAGGUCAGGGUUUUGCAUCCCGAGACGAUUCUCUCGUCGAUAUGGAAGCCAACGCAGGUCGCUCCGAGGCUGCUUCUCAGUCCAACCUCGACCAUGAAUAUUCAAUCCCAUCAACAGUCAAGUUUACAUGGCUAGGCACAUACUUUGUGCUGUCAUUGCUACUCACCAUCUAUAACAAGCUUGUUCUGGGCGUGUUCAAAUUCCCCUGGCUAUUGACCUUUCUUCAUACUUCCAUUUCCGCCUUCGGUACCUACGGUAUGCUACACAUGGGCUACUUCAAACUCUCGCGAUUGGGACUUCGUGAGAACCUCGCCCUCGUCGCCUUUAGCGCCCUCUUCACAGUCAACAUUGCCCUGUCCAACCUGUCACUCGCCAUGGUCUCGGUCCCUUUUUACCAGACUAUGCGCAUGCUUUGCCCCAUCUUCACUCUUCUCAUCUUCCGUGCUUGGUACGGCCGUACCUACAGCACCCUCACCUACUUGUCUCUGGUCCCGUUAAUCUUUGGCGCCGCCAUGACUACCGCGGGCGAGAUGAAGUUCUCAGAUGCUGGUUUCCUACUGACCAUCCUCGGCGUCAUUUUCGCCGCACUCAAGACUAUUGUGACGAAUCGCUUCAUGACGGGCUCCCUCGCCCUUCCCCCGGUCGAAUUCCUCAUCCGAAUGGCCCCCAUGGCUGCUGCGCAAGCAUUGGUCUGCGCUUUUGCUACUGGCGAGGUGGAUGGCUUCCGCGAGGCCCUUGCCAACUCGGAAAUGUCAGGCCUUGCCACAGCUGCCUCUCUGCUGGGCAAUGGAUGUCUUGCUUUCCUGCUCAACAUCUCGUCUUUUAAUACCAACAAACUCGCCGGUGCCUUGACGAUGACGGUGUGCGGUAACCUGAAGCAGUGCUUAACUGUUCUUCUCGGCAUAUUCAUCUUUAACGUUGAGGUUGACCUUCUCAAGGGUACCGGUAUGGCCAUAACGAUGCUCGGUGCCGCCAUCUACAGCAAAGCAGAACUCGACAAUAAGAAGAGGCAGCAGACGGCUUACAAGAAAAUUCCUCAAUAG